AUGUAUCCCAGCAUGCUUGACAGUCAGCGACAUGAACAGGGAAGGAUGAUGAAGCUAAGAUGGCAGCGCUACUAGGGUUGCUGUCUUUACGGGGUCGAGAAAAACAGCAGGAACACCCGCGAAGCACGGACGCCAGCUCGCGCUUUUGACUGAUUUCACUUCAGGCAGUCGGAUCGCCUGCAGUCGAGGAAAUAACGGUCGGGUUUUGACCCGGGCGAAGGAACGGAUGCGUAUUUCGCAGUUGCAGCAGCGCGGCUAACCGUAAACGUCGUUUUAAUUGGAGGUGCUCGGAUGUAAUUCGCCGGGUGUUUUUGCGGAGCGGAUUUAUGGGGUGUGCUUGGGACUUUUGAGUUAGCUCUGUUGACUGACAUUGUAAUCUAAUAUAUGCGUUGUUCCCCUAAACGAUGAUGUGUGCUGCUGCGGCAGCGGGUGCCGGUGGCAGCGGGAUCCCGUCCUCCUCGUCCCACUCCAUGGGGCUGGGAGGCAGGGUCAUUCCCGGAGCUGGAAACGAUUUCGCAUCGAUCGGAUCAGGCAUGGGCUCCUGUCCCGUUGUGGGGGCCCGCUCGGAUUGUCGGAGCCGCUACCAACUGCUUCUCUCAGGGCGAGCACUGGCGGAGCGGUACCGGAGGAUUUACACCACCGCGAUCAACGACAAAGAGCAGGGGCUGAACCUCGGCAGGGGAAAGAAAGCUUUGAGCAAGAAGAAGCUAAAAAGGCGGCAAAAAGUCAAAUCAAAAGUGAAAACAAGAUCAAAGACAGACACUCUGGAUGGGGCCUUUCCAGUGCCUGACAUCAAACUCCACAGCAACCCCUCUGCAUUCAACGUCUACUGUAAUGUACGGCACUGCGUCCUGGACUGGCAGCAGAAGGAGGCCGCGUUGGCCCUGGCCUCCCGCAACUCUGUGCAGAGCGGAGACUCAGACAGUGAGGAGGAAGAGGAGUACCGCGAACCCGCCGUCAAACUCCCCAAGGUCAGUCAACGGCAUUAA